AUGAAUAAAAAAAAAACAAGAAAGGAGUUCGAAGAUGAAAUUGAUAUGGAGGAUGAAAUUGAUAUGGAAGAUGAAAUUGAUAUAGAAGAAGAAAUUAAGAGUUUAAAAAAAAAAUUGGUUCAGUUUAAAAAAAUCAAAUUUGAGGAAUGGACAGUUGUAGAAUUAAAAAGAUAUGCUCGAAAUAUUGGUGUACCAACCAAUGGGAACAAACUCGAAAUUAAAAACAGAAUAGAAGAAUUUUUAGAGAAUGAAAUAAAGCUUUUAAAUCAAGAAAAAGAAAAGCAAGAGGUAAAUCCAUUUAACAACUACCGACCUGAAUUGAUGAUAAAAGAGAAUUUACAUCCGGUAGAGCCACUAUUUUGGGAAGUUUUUAGAAACAAACCUUUAUUCCGUACGGUAUUUUCAAAUUUUCAACAGAAAAGAAGAUCAGAUUAUGAGUGUUUAUUUUCAAUUAGUGAAAUUUUAAACAGAUUCACCAAUGGUAUCGAAAUCAUCAGAGAUAAAAUCAAAGCAGGGCGUUAUUUAAAUUUCAAUGAUAGGGAUGAUGUUAUAAAGCUAUUAAAUUGCACAUAUCAAGACAAUGAAGACAACAGAACAAUGUAUAUGCAAAUAUUUGAUAAAUAUUCAAACAAAUCAGUUCACAGUUUAAAUCUUUUAAAAUUUAUAAUAAACAGUUCAAAUUUAUUAGCAUAUAAAAUCUUCAAUCCAACCAAGCAUCAAAUAGAACAAAUAAUAAAUGAUAACAACACUUUACAAUGCUUUGAAAUUUCAAACUAUUUCCAGUUUAAACUUUUAAAAUAUGUUAUAAAUAAUAAUAAUCUACAAUCCAUCAGUUUUAAAAUCAAUUUAAAUCAAUUCAAAAUUUUUAAAGAUUUAAAAUUAAAACAACUUUUAAAAAUGCUCACAUUUAUAUUAGAACCAAAUAGUAGUUUAAUAGUUGAAUCUUCACCGGGUCCAAAAAGUCUUGAAGAAAUAAAACAAAUGUUUCAAAUAGAUAAAAUCGAAUUUCAAACAUUUAAUGAAAAUCAUUUAAAUUUAAAAUUGAAAAAAUUAUUAAAAAUAUUAUCAACAUCAGAGUCAACAUCAUUAGACACAACUAAUAAAAAAGUUAAAAAACAGUUGUUAAAACUAAUAGAUUAUUUUUAUUUUCUAUCAAUUAAUGAAAAUAAAAAAUACAUUUAUUAUUUAUUUUUGCAUGACGAAGAUCAAUUUUCAAAACAAUUAAGUUCAAAUUCAGAAAAAUGGUUAUCAAGAAUGAACUCAAGUAAAAAUAUAAGAAAAAUUUGCAAGUAUAUUGAACGAUACAAACCAUCAAUAUAUGUAUACCUCAGUAAAACAUUUCCAGAUUUAAUAUGGUCCAUUAUUAUUAUAAUCAGAGUUGCUGAUUUAAAAACCGUCAAAGGUUUAAUAGAUUUAAUUUUAAAAGAUAAAAACCCAAAUUUAAAUAUGAGAGGCCACAUAUUAGCAUCAAUUGAAUCGACCGAAAUAUUAGAUUAUUUAUUUGAAGCCUACCAGGAUGAAUUUUUCGUACAAAACAACAAUAAUUGGCAAUACAUCUCAAAUCUCCAAGUAAUCGAACAUUACGAGAAACUAAUGACAAGUCUUCAAAGAACAUUUGGUUUUUUAAAAAUUCGAAGUCAAACUCGUUUAGCUAAACACAGUAAUGACUCUUUCAGGUUAGUAUUACUCGGAAGAGCAUUAUCAAAUCCAUCACUUUAUUUCAGAGCCAACGGACUAUGCCAUUAUCAUUUACAUUUCAGACAUACCAAACGUUUAAUCGGUGACAAAGUAUACAACCAACUGGAUGCUAUUAUAUCAUUAUUCGAAACUGGUAAACUCGAUAUUGUAGAUGGAGAGUUUAUAUUGGGGAAAGACACAAACAACACUUUGAUGACCCAGUCCUUUUUAAAAUGGGCAAUGAAACACUCAAAAACUAUAAAAUUCCCAAACCAAAUUCAAAAAAAUGGUUUAUAUACAAAAAUAGAUUUAAAAUUUUUAAUCAAUGGCAAGAUACGUGUAGUUCAAUUUGCACCAAUUGAUUAUUUUAUUGCAUUAUAUAAAUGUAAUUUAUAUGAAGAAAUUGCCAGAGCUAAAGAAUGGAAUGUUUUUUUAUUACUAGUUCCAAUCCAACAAACUUUUUGUCCACAUGUAUCAACCGAAUUUAUGAGCUGGUUUAUUAAUAAAUUCUUUGUUAAGAAUCAGAAUUUUCCAUUAAAAAUGGGCUUUAUAAGAUUUUUUGUAUCAACUGGAAACAUAAAUGUAAUAAGGCUUAUCCAUUUAAAAUUCAAUGUAUUGUUUUCAAGAAGCUAUGAAUUGGACGAAAACAGUUAUUUAGAACUAAAAGCAUUAAAAGAAUUAGUAUUUCUUGCUUUAAAAAAAGACAAUUUCGAAAUUUUUCAAAUUUUAGUGCAAUACGCCAAUAUAACAAAAUUAGAAUGUGAAAAGGAAUUAAAAAAAACGAAAUUUUCAAUAAUUAAAGAAAUUCUUUCAAAGACUGAUUAA